AACAAGCGUCGUCGAAGCGCACACGAGCCAGUCUUCUGCGCCGUCGAUCGCGCGUUCGGAUUGUGUUUUCCUCCAAAAAAAAUCAUUCAACUUAAAAUUAACACCAUAUUAUUUCCGCGCUACGGGUUAAGCGGUGGUUAGUUCGCGAGUUAACACACACAUCGUUGAAAUUUUCCGGCUGUACAUUGUCUGUACAUUCACUCUCGAUUGGAAACGCCGUUUUUGGUUAGACGUUUUGGUUGGCGAGUCGCAGCUCAAGGCGCGCCAUGUCGCAGGACGGGCCAGAGAUAAAAGCCCUUGACAGGGUGAAUCCCUCGACGGUAAUUGCACUAUGUUUGGCCGGAGCUGUCUUCGGGGUGUGCAUGGUAGCGGCAACGUGCUUCUGUUAUCGCCGCCGUCGGGCGGCGAACGGUAAGCGGCAGGGCCCUGAACAACCCUUGGCAUUUCACUCGCAUCGCCGCCCAACGGCCGUCAAGAGUCCGGCGGGUGCCAGUUCUCACUACCUUAAGAAGAGUCCAUCUCCGACUGGUCCAGGACGUUCUCCACCUGGUAUGUCUGGGCACAACACGCCCAGUCCAACCGGGAAUAUGCCCGGCGCAUUGGAGGCGGGUGUCAACAGUCAUAUGGACCAGGUGAGCCAGGUGAACCACCUCCCGGUACAGAAGGAUAUUGUUUUCACCACUGAAACCGAGCUGCAAUCUCCAAAUCGUGAGGAAGUCGAAACAAACGAGAAAAACACGGCGCAAAGUGCAAGUUAUCUUGGACAAUUGGUCUUUAAAUUGAGGUACAAAACGGAUAAAAAUGCUUUGAUUGUUUCCGUCGUGCGUUGUCGUGACUUACCAGCGAAGGAUCCGAACUUGGGAUCAAGUGAUCCCUAUGUCAAACUGCAAUUGCUUCCGGAUAAGCAGCACAAAGUGAAGACUCGCGUCCUGCGCAAGACCAGAAACCCUGUCUACGAUGAAGAUUUUACUUUUUACGGGCUCAACUUCAAUCAGCUCCCGGGUAUUACUCUGCACUUUGUUGUGUUGAGUUUCGAUCGAUACUCUCGUGAUGAUAUUAUCGGCGAGGUGUUCUGUGCUUUGAAUACCGUGGAUUUAUCGCAGGCAGAGAAACAGCAGACGGCUUUGUGUCGAGAGAUUCAACCACGUAGUUUGAAGAUUAAAAGUCAAGGUCGAGGAGAACUCUUGGUUUCUCUUUGUUGGCAACCAGCGGCCACUCGACUUACUGUUGUAGUGUUGAAGGCUCGUAAUCUUCCUAAAAUGGACGUCACUGGUUUGGCUGAUCCGUACGUUAAGAUCUACUUGCUUUACAAUGGUCAGCGUAUUGCCAAAAAGAAGACUCACGUGAAGAAGCGUACGCUUAGUCCAGUCUUCAAUGAAAGCUUUGUUUUUGACAUCCCUGCCAACGGCGAGGGAUCUUUGGAACAAGUCAGUUUGGAGUUUUUGCUGUUGGAUUGGGAUAGAGUAACUAAGAAUGAGGUUAUUGGAAGGUUGGAUUUGGGUGGAUCUAAAUGCACUGGCUCAGCGUUACAUCACUGGAACGAAGUGUGCAACUCGCCGCGCCGUCAAAUCGCAGACUGGCACAAGCUGCGCGAGUAAACUUGGUUGCCUAUUGUGAAAGUACACACACGCGUACAAAUCAGUCUAGUUCCCACAAACGCAAACUAACCCCCAAGCCAAAAAUAUGCAUUACCAAAUGUGUAGUGUCCUUGUAGUUGUCAUCUUGCAACCAAAAUGGCCGCCGUUUUAGAGUUUUUAGUGGCCUUUGUAGUCAGUGCUACAGAUAGUGCCGGAUUUUUAAUAGGUGCUUUAGUCAUUGUGUUUCACACACUCAUAGUGGUAGUAGUCAUCAAACGGCCAUUUUGUUUUGAAUGUCAUCGAAUCAAAAAAGAGAACAUACAUUUGCUAAACAACACACAAUUAUAACCUAGACUGAUAAUAUUAUACAUUUUACUCAACAACCAAUUAUUCUAUGUAUAACCAAAACGUAAUGCAUCAACUAAUAUAAAACCUAAAAAAGUAUAAAAAACAACAACAAGAAACAAAACUUUCAUAUUCGUCGAAUGUGAAUGUGAUUGGUUUUCAUUAGAAUAUGCAAAACAAAUAAAUGUGCUCUGUUAACCCGCAGAAGAAGAAAAAAAACAAAACUUAACCUUAAGAUGCUUUAUGAAGAAAGUGAAAGAAAAUGUACGCCAUGUUGGACAUACAAUAACCUAUAAAGAAACAGACAAUGAACUUGAAAAAAACAUACAAGAAUGUUAAAGUUCCAAAUGUUGUAAUUGAAUUGACUUUGACAAACUUGUUCAUUUUUAACGAAACGAAUACAACGUGCAAGAUACUCAGAUGAACAGAAUUACAUUUAGAUAUUAUUACACACUCAUACACCCACAUUACACACAUUGGUAACAUGCAACAAUUAAUAAACUUCUAAUGUAGAUAGGCAAAUAAUAUGUAAUAACAAUAGUGUAAUAAUUGUACGACGCUUAUUUCCUCUUCUUGAAUGCAGAGAUAAAAACGCUCUAAGGUAAAAUUACAUAAAAUCCAAAAAUUACAAAAUGGCGAUGACAAAAUCAAUUAUUUCAACAUAAUCAGAUAAAUAUUGCAAAAACAUGCAAGAAUAAAACAAUUGAGGAUUGAUAUUUUUGCGAGCGAUGUUUUCAAUAACAAUCAGCAUAGUUUUUCGGUUUUGUUUUGGUUGGUACUAAAAUGAAACAAAAUUAAAGUGUAAAACAAGGGUUUGUGAUAUAGGCUUAAGCAGUGAGUGGUAGUUAAACUAAAAACCAGUACAUUAAACAAAUAAUGAAAGACACAUGGACGAAUAAACAAUUAGAGCACCUCUUUUGUUCGUACAUCAGUUUCUAACAAAACAUAAAACAUAGUUCUUGUUCCUCGGUCGUUAAAAGUUUAAACUAAUGCUCUAUGAUUAUGCUCAGUUUAUAAAACUAAGUUUUGUACAUAAACAAGUCUUGUAGAAUGACACAAAAAGAAAGAACAUGGUGGAAACGUAAUUAUUAGUCAAAGUAGCUUUUAAUGAUGUAAAAUGUAAACGAAUCAAUGAAACAAAUAAGAUACAAACACUAACGGUAGUUUGUAGACACUUUAAACAAUGCAGAAACAAAUAGUUGUAUAUUUUUUCAUCUUAAUCUUUAACCCUUUGAAUUAAAGCGGACUUUUCCUACGCUUGACGCUAUUUUUGAAUAUGUUGACGUUGCAGACAACAAAUCUAAGCUUUAUUAGUACUAUAAGUUUAAUUUAUUAUUAGUAAUAUUAAAUACUUAAGAAAUUAUGAUAUGUAAAUGUUAAAUAUUUUAUUUCUAUGCGGAUUAAUGUAUGCAACUUAACAUGCACUGUUUUUGGUUUAUUAUUCAUUCGGAGGUUUAAAUAAUUAAGUGAUGAAUAGUUUUUUGUUGGUGUAUUCCUAUUAGAUUGUUGGAUAUUUGUUGAAUUCGCAUACAAACGAAACAAGCAAAUGAUACACACGUAGACUAAUUAUCAACUCGAUAAAAAAAACUUGUAGUCAUUGUAGUGAUGCGAGUAUUCUGUGACAGGCGCACUUACAUUAAAAACAAACACCACAUAACUACUCUUACAUAUAUUAACAAUAAUUACAAUUACACACUAUUAUUAUGGAAGCAGUAUGUAAAUGUAUAUAAUUAAUAAAUGGUUUCAAUGGUUUUCAAAUAA